GAUGCACCAGUCUGUUGGUCCUGUCGUGGAAGUUGAAACUCGCUCAGGAAACAGCAAAACAAACAAACAACUUGUCCGUUGGAAAUGGCCACCAGUCAAACAUGGAGACUGAAACGCUACGGACGUUUUAUUCCGGCCUCUAGAGGGACAGGGACAAAUCCCUGGAAGAUAUUUGAGGCAAGGAAAAACCAACCUGAAAUUGUCGUCACCAUUGUGGAAUCUGGAUACUUGCUGGUACUGCAAGGACAAGAAAGCUUGGAUGCAGUCCCUUUGCAUUGUGGCCCUGAUUCUCUUAAAGUGCACCAGAAAUCUGAUAACCUAAUAUUUCGGCUUAUUGUGAAGGGAGAGAGUCGCAUGAUGAGGAUGCAGUUUGAUGGAAGUACCAGAGCAGAGGCCAUAAACGAGUGUUCAAGUGCCGUGGAAAAACUGAUGAAAUACGUGCCCGUCGCCACUCUGGAUGACGCCACGCUGCACCCUAAUCAGCCCCCCGCCAGGCUCCCUGCCUCAGCGGUACAGACUUGUCGGGAUCAGGCCGUGGGAGUUGAGCCUGAGGUUGUCCAAGGAUCUGUGUCCGUCAAGCGUCUCACCCAGCACUUCUUAGGAGAGGCUACUCUGACACUGCCUCAUGUGUAUCGUGACAGUUCUUUGGCACAAGGUGACUUGGAACCCAUCCUGCGUGUCUGUCUGCUCGAUCCCAGCUUUUAUGCAUUUGUGGAGAAGGUGGAGGCGGAGCUGAGGAAGAUGCUUGAAGAGUAAAUAUUCUUAACAACAACUGAAGGCAGAAAGGUCAAGUCAGCACAGUGUUUUUUUCCUCUUAUACAGUUUGUGUAGGCAGUGCCUGGUGGUGGUGGUGGUGGUGGUGGUGUGUUUCUUGCAGGGCUGCUGCUGUUAUUUGCACUGUUGUUAGGCAUUAGUCGUUAUGGUGUGUGGCCCAAAGAGGUUGCCAUGAAUGGCAUUAAAGCGCGUGGUUAUUUGCAAAAACAAACACAUGAAAAAAUCUGGAUUCCUUUUUAAACUUUUUAUUCAGAAAAAAAAUAUUGGUCUCACUCAUAUGUUUGAUCGUGGCUAUAUACUCUGGUCCCUCAGUUCCCACCUUAAUGCAGGUCCAUUUCCACCGCAACACACACAGAUACAUUUUAUUGAAAGAGGAGUCAUGCAGCUACAGCAGUGAAUUUCGCUAGGCCAGCUUCCAAGUGAUCCCACAAUAUUAAAGCUUCACUGAGUCAAACAAACUGCCCUCCAUAUAUCUAUUUAAGAAUACAUAUUGCAUAGGAUUAUAGCCAUGCUAUACAGUUAAAGAGAGGAAA